AUGAUGAAGAUGAUGCACGGGGACAACGGUGCAGGCGUGUCGGCCGUCGUUCGGCUAGUUCUGCUGCUGUCGAGCCUCCUCGGGACUGGCCUCGCGGAUAAUUUGGCUCUGUUGUCAGGCACGCUAAAGACGUAUCAGCGGGCCUCCUGCAACGAGGAGUACAUGACGCUCAAGUGCCCGAUAGGCACGGCCAUACUGGUCACGGUGGCGCGCUACGGUCGAGCGAGCAUCGACACUUCCGGCAAGUGCAGCACCACCGACCCCAUCAUCGCUGACAAUCAUCUCAACUCCACGUGCCUCUUUCCCAGUGCUCUUCAGCAUUCUCUGUUGCAGACAGUGGUGGAGGUGUGUCAAAAGAAGCGCCAGUGCACGUUCAACACGACCCCGAAAAUGUCCGACCCGUGUCCAGACGUGCCGAAAUUUGUCGAAGUUGUCUACAAGUGCCGUCCCUAUGAAUUCAGGAGCAAGGUGGCCUGCGAAAAUGACGUCAUCAAUCUCUCCUGCUUCCCGAACUACAGGGUCGCGAUUUACAGUGCCUUCUUCGGGAGAACGCAGUACGAGUCGCUACAGUGUCCUCAGCCUAAUGGCGUCAAGGACGAGACGUGCAUGGAGAACAGAGCGACGGAGAUGGUGAUAGACCUGUGCCACGGGCGGAGGCACUGUCUGAUCGCGGCCAACAGCUCGACCUUUGGUGAUCCCUGUCAGCCGGAGAGCAGGACGUACCUCAAGGUCGUCUACACCUGCGUUUGGCGGACGGUGCUCCUCGAGCAGUUCGAGAACCGCGACCCGGCCCAGGAGGAGGAGGACCGGCCGGCCGAUCUGGACGAGGGCUUCGACCGCGCGGACUUCCGCAUGGAGUUCAGCCCCAGCCCGAACCUCGAGAGCCCACAGUACCAGCCCCGAGACAACGAGUCGGCAGGCACGGGUAGUGCCAAGUCGGUGCCCGAGGCUUCCUUGCCGCCCCGUGCCCGCACCAACGGCGAUGCGAACGGUCGACGGCACAAUUUUAACGGAAUUGGUAACGAGAGGAAGUUAUGGGGCAAGCAACCGCACUUACCGGCUGUCGAUAAUUCAGGUCUCAUGUUGAGCGACUUAAAUCCCGCUUCCGGCAACUUCAGCAACUGCACAACGGUCAGCAGUACGGAGGAGCGCGUGCUCGCCAACUAUAUCCGAGACUGGAUCAGCGCGUGUUUGUUUGUAGCACAGAACCAGGAGAAAUUCUACUUGUACGUGAUCGUGUCGGUGUCGAUGGGUAUGCUGGUACUGCUGAGCUUGGUCGUUGGCAAGCUGCUCCUCAGUCGUCACAGGGCGAAGCGCGACGCCAAGUUCCACGCCAACAACGAGUCUCUGCCGAAUGGCUUCACCGACGAUAUCUCGGAGAUCGACGCCGAUAUUGAUUUGACGACGCCAGUGCCUGUACCCAUGCAGGACACGAGGCUACCGGAGACUCAGUUGGCGGAGCGUCUGCACGGCGAGCGAUACGGCUACGGAGACCCACGGAUACCCCUGUCCCCGGCCCCAGGGUCAGUGCACUCGGGCCACAGCUUGAUUGUGUCAGCUUCGUCGGGCCAGUACCACCCGGGCACGGGGGUGCGAGUGGACCUUGGCAACCACAUGGUCGGCACCGACAGUUUGCACACGAUCCUUCGGCCGGAGGGCUCGCGGGCUGGCUUCACGUCAGGCAAGACGAGCUACUAUUACGGCUGA